AUGUCAGUAUAUGCCGACAACAGCAUCGCCGUGUCCGCCAGAGAGACCGAGACUCCCGACGGGCCGCUUCAGGAGGACCAGUACGGCCACUUCCAUGGCGGCGCCUCCGACUUUGCCUUCCUCCACAUGGCGAAGCAGAAACUCGCCCGUCUGCCGUCAAUGUCAAUUCACUUCUCCGACUACCCACUCGCCGAGUCCAGCAACUUGCCCCCGAUCCUUCCUCCGAAGCCCGUCGCCGACAGACUGGUGCGGACUUUCUUCGACUUUGGCCUGACUACGUCGCGCUUCGUGCAUGAGCCGACUCUGAUGGAGUCGUUCGAGAAGCUCUACAGCGACGGCCAGGACGACAGUCUCAGCAACGACACCCUGGCCCUGAUUUGCAUGGUACUGACGCUUGGUUCCCAUUACUCGAGAGUCAACAACAUGUAUUGCGGUUACUCUUCUAGCGUCCGAUUUUACCACAUGGCCGACCGCCAGCUCCAGAGAGAAUCCAGUAAAAUCACGUUUGCAUCUCUCCAAGCACGACUUCUCGCGACACACUACCUGCUGAACCACUCGCGCAUGCAUGAAGCCUGGUCCUCGUUCGGCAUCGUCGUCCGCCACGCCCAAGCCCUCGGCCUUCACCGCCGUUCCGUCGGCCCGUUGAGCAAUUAUAUCACCCACGAGUAUCGCAAGCGACUGUUCUGGGCCAUCUACGUCAACGACCGAAUCAUCAGCAGCAUAUUCGGCCGUCCAUGCGCCAUACACGACGAUGACAUUGACCAAGACGAAUGCGCCUUGGCCGACGACGACGACAUCACCGCAACGGGCUGCCGAGUAGCCCCCAAUGGAGAGUUCUGCUCUGCCGCGGCACUCAUACACUAUGCUCGCCUCUCCAGGAUACUAGGCAAGAUCCUCAGAAAGUUCUACAGUCCCGCGGCCCGGAACAACAGCAUCACCCAGCUACACCAGUUUGCGGCCGAGUUCGAGAAGAGUCUGCUGGACUGGCAGGACAACCUCCCCGCUUAUCUCAACUACGUCGCCCUGCCCCCAUCAGCGCUAUCUACAAUGACCCAACGCCAAACGUGCACACUGAAACUGAUGUUCGCUCAUGCCAGUCUCCUGCUCUACCGCCCUUUCAUCCUCUACUCCAUGGACCCUGCCACCGGAGUCGUAUCGAGACUCGAGCAGUGGGUCAAGAGGUGUCACGACAAGUCCAUCGAAGCGGCCAGAGUGGUCGUCAACGAGUGCCGCUACCUCUGCCAGCGAGGCCUGUUCUCGAGGGCGUUCUGGCUGGUCAAUUACAUGCAGUUCGCCGCGUUGGGCACUCUAUACAUGUACUCUCACCUGUGGCCCGAGGCGACGCACGUCAGGGAAACGGCAGAGGAGGCCAUGGCCGAGUUCCCGGUCGGUGUGCAAGGCGACUUGGUGGGGCAGCGAUAUGUUGAGAUACUGAACGAGCUGCGAGAGGUGACGGCAAGGACAACGUCGACGGGGAUGGAUAUGUUGGCGAGUGCAUGUACUGUUGAUGAGAUGCCAGCGUUUGAGACGCCCUUGAUGGACUUUGGCGGCCCGUGGUCGAAUCUCUUCUUUGACACUUCGGCUAUCGAUGAGUACGUGGAUGUCGAAGCCAGGUAG